AUGGCGAGCAAGCUCACUCCUCUCAUCCGCUCCGUCAUCCGGCCGGCGUGCCGGGCUGCCCGCCCUCAGUCUCGCGCCGCCUUCUCCCUCACAGCCAGCCGACGAAGCGAUACUCUCAUGGUGCAUCGAAACACCGAGGACAACAACCCCAACAUCCCCUUCAAAUUCAGCGAAGAGAACCAGACCGUCAUUGCCGAGAUCCUCAAGCGAUACCCUCCCCAGUACAAGAAGGCUGCUGUCAUGCCUCUGCUCGACCUCGGCCAACGCCAGCACGGCUUCACCAGCAUUAGUGUCAUGAACGAGGUUGCUCGUCUUCUUGAGAUGCCUCCCAUGCGAGUGUACGAGGUCGCUUCUUUCUACACCAUGUACAACCGAACCCCCGUGGGCAAGUACUUUGUUCAGAUCUGCACUACGACCCCUUGCCAACUUGGAGGCUGCGGCUCUGACGUUAUCGUCAAGGCCAUCAAGGAGGAGCUCGGCAUUGAGCAGGGUCAGACCACUGCCGACGGUCUCUUUACCAUCCUCGAAGUCGAAUGCCUCGGUGCCUGCGUCAACGCCCCCAUGAUCCAGAUUAACGAUGACUACUACGAGGACCUUACCCCCGCCUCUGUCAAGGACCUCCUCAAGGCCCUCCGAUCUAAGGCCACUGCCGCUGAUCCUUCCACUGUUAAUGUCCCCAAGCCUGGUCCUCUCAGCGGCCGAAAAGACUGCGAGAACAGUGCUGGCUUGACAAGCCUUACCUCGGAGCCCUGGUCAACCGAGACCACAAGGAAGGAUCUGUAG